AUGGAGGUGCGCUUUGAGUCGACUCACAAGUCACGUGAGGCAGAGCGACAAGGGCACCGAGGUGGAGAGGUGCGUGAGGCUCAAUACGACACAGAGAUGGAGGUGCGCUUUGAGUCGACUCACAAGUCACGUGAGGCAAGGCGACAAGGGCACCGAGAUGGAGAGGUGCGUGAGGCUCAAUACGACACAGAGAUGGAGGUGCGCUUUGAGUCGACUCACAAGUCACGUGAGGCAAGGCGACAAGGGCACCGAGAUGGAGAGGUGCGUGAGGCUCAAUACGACACAGAGAUGGAGGUGCGCUUUGAGUCGACUCACAAGUCACGUGAGGCAAGGCGACAAGGGCACCGAGAUGGAGAGGUGCGUUGGGCUCAAUACGACACAGAGAUGGAGGUGCGCUUUGAGUCGACUCACAAGUCGCGUGAGGCAAGGCGACAAGGGCACCGAGAUGGAGAGGUGCGUGGGGCUCAAUACGACACAGAGAUGGAGGUGCGCUUUGAGUCGACUCACAAGUCGCGUGAGGCAGAGCGACAAGGGCACCGAGAUGGAGAGGUGCGUGGGGCUCAAUACGACACAGAGAUGGAGGUGCGCUUUGAGUCGACUCACAAGUCGCGUGAGGCAGAGCGACAAGGGCACCGAGAUGGAGAGGUGCGUGGGGCUCAAUACGACACAGAGAUGGAGGUGCGCUUUGAGUCGACUCACAAGUCGCACGGAGAGGUGCGUGGGGCUCAGUACCACAAAGAGAUGGAGGUGCGUUUUGAGUCGACUCACAAGUCACGUGAGGCAGAGCGACAAGGGCACUGCGACGGAGAGGUGCGUGGGGCUCACUACGACACAGAGAUGGAGGUGCGUUUUGAGUCGACUCACAAGUCACGUGAGGCAGAGCGACAAGGGCACUGCGACGGAGAGGUGCGUGGGGCUCACUACGACACAGAGAUGGAGGUGCGUUUUGAGUCGACUCACAAGUCACGUGAGGCAGAGCGACAAGGGCACUGCGACGGAGAGGUGCGUGGGGCUCACUACGACACAGAGAUGGAGGUGCGUUUUGAGUCGACUCACAAGUCACGUGAGGCAGAGCGACAAGGGCACUGCGACGGAGAGGUGCGUGGGGCUCACUACGACACAGAGAUGGAGGUGCGUUUUGAGUCGACUCACAAGUCACGUGAGGCAGAGCGACAAGGGCACUGCGACGGAGAGGUGCGUGGGGCUCACUACGACACAGAGAUGGAGGUGCGUUUUGAGUCGACUCACAAGUCACGUGAGGCAGAGCGACAAGGGCACUGCGAUGGAGAGGUGCGUGGGGCUCACUACGACACAGAGAUGGAGGUGCGUUUUGAGUCGACUCACAAGUCACGUGAGGCAGAGCGACAAGGGCACUGCGACGGAGAGGUGCGUGGGGCUCACUACGACACAGAGAUGGAGGUGCGUUUUGAGUCGACUCACAAGUCACGUGAGGCAGAGCGACAAGGGCACUGCGACGGAGAGGUGCGUGGGGCUCACUACGACACAGAGAUGGAGGUGCGUUUUGAGUCGACUCACAAGUCACGUGAGGCAGAGCGACAAGGGCACUGA